AACAAAUUUAAAAAAAAAUUACAUGAAGACAUAACUAUUACACAAAUUUAAAUAUUACAACAACACUAAUAGUCAUGAAAGUUUGAUCCGGAACCGUCAAAAUUUCUAAAUAUUGUCCAAUUUUUUUUGUGUAACUGAAGAUGGUUGUUGUUGAUGAUGUCUUUUCGUACAAUUUUUCUUGUUCAUAUUGAAUAUAUUCACGAGUAUUAACAUCAUCGAUAAAAGUUAGUCUCUUAGAAAUUUUUUAUGUUUCUCUUUUACUUUCUUGUUCUAAUCUAAUGUAUUUACAAAUAUUAAUAUCACCCGAUUUCAAAAAUUUGUAUCUUUAAUCUACAAAUUAAAAUGAGGAGAGCCAUUUUUACUUUGAAAUGCACUAGUAUAUCAUAUAUGCAUUACAAAAAUCACUUUAUGGAAUAAUAUAGUAUUUUGCUUGAAUUUUAAUAUUAAUUAAGUUAUUUUGUUUAAAAUUAUAUAUUUUAAUAUAAUAUUUUAUUAAUUAACAUUGUUGUAAUAUGUUUAUAUAUGUGCUAGUUAUUUACAAAAUUUUUGUGAAUUCAAAUUAGUUAUGACAAAUAUAAGGACUAUAUUAUAAAAUUCAAAUAGUUUUGAAGUUGAGUUUGAAGUUUUGCUUUUAGAGAAAAACACCUUUAAAUUUCAAAUAUAGAGUUUUUGAAAAUUCAAAAUAGAGUUCCUGUUUGGAAAUGCUCUUAAUAACAAUCUAAGGUUUGUAUUGGUAUUGCCAUUAAGUGUUUGAUCACCAUUCACUUAGAACACUUCUAUAGAGGAGUUUUUAACAUGAAAUUUUUAAUACAUAUAUAAAUGAAAAUAUGUAUAAAUAAUGAUAAUAAAUUAUGUGUAUUUUGAAAUGAAAAUUUCAUACCAAUUUUUUUUAUCAGUUUGAUAUCUCCAAAUUAAUUAUUUAUGAUAUUUUAUUUAACACAUUUUUGAAAAAUUGUGUGAGAUAUCUUCAAUAAGAAUGCUUUCAAUGUUUAGCGUUUUUGCUAAACAAUCACUAAAUUUUUAAUUUUAAUUGGAUAUCAUGUCUAGUUGAUUAAUUUUUUACUGAACCAAACAUAACUCCAACCAAAACCAUAUAAACCGAAUCAGAAUGAUUUUGAUUUUUGACUAGAGUUUAGUUAUAGAAGCUGCGGUACAAAAACCAGUUCAACUAUUCGUAUGCUAGUCAAACAUGGAGCCUAGUGGAUAACUGAUUUUUUUUUCAGUUUAUUUUGUCAACAACGGUCUAAUCGAAGUAUCGAUUUUUAAUUUACGGCAGCCGCAGACAUCAUAAGUUUUUAUUUGUUUAGAGAACAGAAAAAUCAAAUGGUUUAUGGACAUUAUUCUAUCUUCGGUUAUGUUUUGUUAAUUCCUUGUAGACUAUUCUCAGUUUUGUUAAUUACUCGAGACAAGUGUUAGAUAGUCAAAGAAGACCAACAUAAAAGGUACAUAUAACAGAAAGGGAAAACAAGAACAUGAAAAAAAUGAAUGUUAUCGAUUUUUUAAAGCUUUAGUUUGUAUCUAUCGAUGUGCUCUUGUUCUCUUAUUAUUUCGUCGUGCUGUAAUAAUAGUAUCAUCUUCGGAGAUGGGCAAAAUACCGACGAAUGAGAUACACCAACGAUCUCACAAACCCAACCAUAUCAACGUGGCCCAAUUGAGCUGUGAAACUCAUGCGGGAGUGCAUAGCUUGCAGGAUUGAAAUCACCGAUCAUUUCUAAUAUUCUAAUGUUUGUGUUUGUCUUCAUAAAGAAAGUGAAUUUACACAAUAUUAUUGCUGGGCAUAAAAUCCGGACCCCGAGAUCUGAACCGAAUCCGAAAAAUCCGAUCCGUUAUUCGAUUUUAAAUGAAAAAUACUUUAAUGAAUUUUGUAGGAUAUUACAAAACAUAUUCGAACUUUAUUAACCAAACUCGAACGGAUAACCCAAAUAAUCUGAAAUUAAUAGUCAAUAUAAACAUAUAUAAGUAUUUCAAUUACUCAAUUAAAUGUUUAUUUUGACAUGAUACAUAAAAAAAAGUAUUAGAACUUAAAUAAAUACCUUAAAUACUCAAUUACUUACAAAUAAAUACUUCACAUUUUGCUUGUUGAAAUAACAAAUUUACUUUUUCUAUAAAGUAGUGCAUAUUGUUUAUAAAUGAUGUUUAUUCUCAUGUUUGAUUCAAAAUUUUAUUGUUAUUUUAUCAAUUAGAUGUGUGUUUGAUUAUUAUUUUUUCUAUUUAAAGUGUUUUUUUUAGGUUUUACUUUAAAAUUGUCUUUUAUUUUGGAAUAUAUCCAAACCGAACCGAUAUAAUCUGAAUCUAAACUAUAUAUGGUUAUUUUAUAGAGUAAGUUUCAGAUUCCUUAUUUUUUUACCUAAAAAUCAUAUCUAUUUCUGCAAUUUAUAUUUAGAAAAAAAAACUGGGAUGUAGAAAAUACUAUACCGAAUCAAGUGGUGGUAGUCUAGUGAUAAUCUUUUGGGGUUUAGCGUGUACCCACCUAGGUCAUGAGUUCGAUUCCACUUGAAAACUAAAUUAUCAUUACUUGGCCAAUAUGAAUUUGGAUUUUAGCCCAUAUGAUUAACAUGGUGAACCGAUCGACCCACCCCGACAUUAGUCGGAAAAUAUUCUAAACUCGGAUUAGAUAGUAUGAUAGCUAAGUGUGUUUCUUCCACGGCCGACCGGAGCCGAUAAAAUAUAUAAAAAAACUAAAUCGAGGUAAAAAAGUAAACUACAUCUCCUAUCACAGAAACGAAUAUUUAUCACACAUGAAGAUGAAGCCUAGGCUGCCCAGCCCUACAUAUAUAAACCUGACUCGAGUGCAGUCAUCAAACUAUCAGCCACGCUAAAAUAUAAUUCAAUGUCUACUUUGUGUAUUGGUUCAACUCAUAUUUAUCAUAAUGCUCUUAGGCUUUCACCCACUUCUCGAAGUCCUCGGCGUUUGGCAUGGACAUCAGUGACGACCAAAACGGUUACUGCUAUUGUUGACACUCUUCGAGGCUCAGCCAACUAUCAGCCUUCUCGUUGGGACCACGAAUUCCUUCUUUCGCUCGAGAAUAUAUAUGUGAGAGCAAAUAGUGUGAGAGAUAGAGAUUUUCUAAAAGAAAAGGUGAGGAAGGUGCUUGAUGAGACGGCGACUCCUCUUGAGCAAUUGGAGCUAGUCGACAAAUUACAGAGACUUGGGGUCUCAUAUCAUUUUGAGAGUAAGAUUGACAACAUUUUAACGGAUUUUUAUCGUAAUAAUGUAAGAGAAUGUGGCAAAGAAGAUUUACAUGCCACCGCACUCAAAUUUCGACUACUUAGAGAACAUAGUUUCAAUGUCACAGAAGGCUUAUUUGAUGUGUUCAUCAGCAAAAUAGAAGAUGGUACGUUCGAGAGUGGUGAUAUAAGAGGUCUCAUCUCUCUAUACGAAGCAUCGUAUCUUGCAACAAAAUUGGAUACUAAAUUGCAUAAAGUCAUUAGGGCUUAUGCAAACCAACAAUUAAGAAAAUUCAUAGAUAGUUCUGAUCAUAAUAUUUACGAUGUAAAUGUCCUUGAGCUGGCCGUUGAAGCACUAGAGAUGCCGUACCAUUGGAGAAUGAAAAGGCUAGAGACAAGACGGUACAUAGAUGCGUACAGUAAACAUGAUGUCUUGAUUGAAUUCGCCAAGAUCGACUUUAAUAUUGUACAAGCUGUUCAUCAAGAAGAACUCAAAUACCUCUCAUAUUCACAACAAAAUAGUAUAGGCAGUAAAUUCUUUCUUUUCUGCACUGUGUACAUGCAAAAUGCUUGGAUUUCAAUAUCAGCCCCAACUUCGUUAGUCCACUUUUACUGCGUCUUUUCCGACAAAAUCUCUAGUCAGGUCUUGGAGACUUUGUCCCGAUACCAACAACAUGUCGUCCGAUGCUCUGCAAUCGUGUUACGCCUAGCCAACGACCUUGGAACUUCGCCGGAUGAAUUGAAAAGAGGUGACGUUCUCAAAUCGGUCCAGUGUUACAUGAAUGAGACAGGAGCUUCGGAAGAAAAGUCACGUGCGUACGUGGAAGACAUGAUCAGCAACACAUGGAAUGAGAUGAAUAACGAGAUAAUUUCACAUGACUCAUCGUUACUUCCACGGGGUUUUGUGGAAGCUGCAAUAAAUCUAGCACGCUUGUCGCAAUGUAUGUAUCAAUACGGUGAUGGCCACGGCUCUCCGGAGAAAGCAAAGACUGUUGAUCGUAUCUUGUCUACAUUAGUUAAUCCCAUCCCCUUAGACUAGCUUACAUAUUGCAUUAAAAUUAUGUUUAGCAUGCGAAUGCACAUCCCUGUUAUUUUACCUUGACUUUCCACAUGGCCAAAACUAUUAACGAGCGCUUUCGUACACGAAAAUA